GCUGCUCGGUGCGCUCACAGGCACGCCUCCCUCUCAUCUUCCUCCUCUUCCUUUUAAUCUUCUUAAUUGCGCGUCGGCACUCCGGCAGCAGCAGCACAGCGGGAGUCACGAGCAGGGCUGCUUGUAGACAGUGAGGAUGAUGAUGAUGGUGAUGCUCACAGACUGAACUUUGAAGAUGCUCGUGGAGGACUCUGCGCGUCUUCUCCGCUCUCUGUGGAAUACGUGGAACCUCCUGCGGGGCCGAUGCUGAUUACCGUGAUGCUUUUCGGGUGAAGCGCCAAAAAAACAAACAAACAAACAAACAAACAAAAAAACUGCACCAAACAAACGGAUUAUCGAGAACUGAGCUCCGCACUGCUGACAGGCUGCUGGUAGCGAUGUGAUAGAAAGGUCUCCUGCGCACACACCUCCCAGUGAUCAGAGCCGUGCGGGCUGCCGUUACGCGCGGAGGCUGCUCUGCGCUUAAGGAGCGCGUUUCAGUCUCCGUGUUUGAACUUUAUGAUCUGAACUGUGACAAAAAAAAGAGGGAGAAAAGUUUUUUCUGCUCCUCCUCAGACAGAAAAUGAGUAGCUGUCUUCUCAGACUGGCACUCCUCGUGGCUUGCGUCCUCUCCAUCCGCUGCACCGCUGCGCCCGGUACCGAGGCGGAGGCGCGCACGGCGUCCCGGGACACCUGCGCGUCCUGCGGCGGCGGCGCUCUGCCGGAGGAGCCGGAGUCCGGGCGGCUCGACGGGGACUUCUUAGAGGCGGUGAAGAGGCACAUCUUAAGCAGGCUGCAGAUGCGGGAGAGGCCCAACAUCACGCACUCGGUCCCCAAGGCGGCCAUGGUGACAGCCCUGCGGAAGCUGCACGCCGGGAAGCUGCGAGAGGACGGGAGGGUGGAGAUCCCCAACCUGGACGGGCAUCCGAUGAGCAACGAGGUGCUGGAGGAGAGCUCGGAGAUCAUCAGCUUCGCGGAGAAAGAUGAUAUGGUGACAUCCCAGUCCAGCCUGUUUUUCCUGAUCUCCAGCGAGGGGAACCAGAACCUGUAUGUGACGCAAGCCACUCUAUGGCUCUACUUUAAGGUGCUGCCGGCACCUUUGGAGGUGCGUGCCAGGCGUAAGGUUACGGUGAAGGUGUACUACCAGGAGCCCGGCCUUGGCAGCAAAUGGAACCUGGUGGAAAAACGAGUGGAGCUAAAACGCAGUGGCUGGCACACCUUUAUGCUGACUGAUGCUGUCCGGUUGGUGUUCGAGAAAGGUGACAGGCGACAGAACCUGGAUAUCCGCUGUGAGGGCUGCGAGGCAGAGGGUGUCUUGCCCAUUUUGCUCAAUGUCCAUGAUGAGUCCCACCGGCCUUUCCUGGUGGUACAGGCGAGGCAGGCUGACAGCAAACACCGGAUCCGGAAGCGAGGACUGGAGUGUGAUGGCAGCAGCAACCUGUGCUGCCGGCAGCAGUUCUACAUAGACUUCCGACUCAUCGGUUGGAGCGACUGGAUCAUUGCACCGUCAGGCUACUACGGGAACUACUGUGAGGGGAAUUGUCCGGCUUACAUGGCCGGUGUCCCCGGUUCAGCUUCAUCCUUUCACACAGCAGUGGUGAACCAGUACCGCUUGCGGGGGAUGAGUCCGGGCUCCAUGAAUUCCUGCUGCAUCCCCACAAAGCUCAGUACCAUGUCCAUGCUCUACUUUGACGACGAAUACAACAUCGUCAAGCGUGACGUUCCAAACAUGAUCGUGGACGAGUGUGGCUGUGCUUGAGUAUGUUUUUCCUGUUUACUUAAAGUGGAACUGAAGAACUAAACAGAUUCACAAUAUUACAAAAAAAUUAAAUAUUAAAAUAUUUAUGGACGACGGAGAAAACAUGUGCACGCACAACCUCAUCCACACAUAUCUACACACCCUCAUAUAUGCCUGCACAAAAACUUGUAUAUAUAUUUAUGUUUGUUGAUAUAUUCAUAAUAUGAGUUUGAAGACUUAGUCUCCUGCAGACAGAAAUGAAGAGUUCUCUUCCAAAUCUUUAAAAAUCCACUUGGAAAACAAUCAAUAUCUGAAGUUCUUCAUUAAUUAUCUCUAAGAUAAUGAGGAUCUGGUUUGUUAAAUUGUGUAAGACUUACUUAACCUACUAGCCUUUACAAAGCAGCAUCAUCUGAUGUAAUUUUCUGCUAUCACUCAAGUUGUUAGUAUAGGCGCCACUUGAAACUCUUCAUGAGUAGAACAUAAACCCAACCUUGAAUGUUAAAAUGCUGUCUCCAGAGGAGGUAAAAGGAGCUUUACAUGAGUAACAAUGAAGGUUGGGGGGUGAUUCUGCUAUGCCUCUUUCAAGAGUACUUUGGACAAACACUGAAAAUGUCUUCACACCACUCAAGCUACACCAACAUACAGCACUUCUGGCUUGGAUCGUACAGCACUUCUGGCCUUAACAAAGUUUGUUCCAUAAUAAGACCUGCAAAUUCCAGAAACAGAUUUUUGAAAUGAAUGGAAACAUAUUCUAUAUUCCAGCAAACCCCAGUAAACAAGGUUUUUAUUACUCCAAAACCAUUCAAUAAUUAUCCAAAAUACAGGUAGAACUUUGUGAGAUGUCACAACUGAAAUUCAAUGGAAUAUCUGCUUAGAGGCCAUGUUUCUGAUAUGCAUUUCUUCACAGUUUUCCAUUAACUUUAGUGCUGAUCAAACAUUUUGAUUUGAAAAUUGUUUUACCCAGUAGAAUCUGUAGAUAAAAAAGAAAUGGGUUAGUAGCUUGUCCAAUUAAUGUUUAUACUUAAUUAGCACUUAAGUAACACUCAAAGUGUCAUAAGUUUAUGCAAACUUAAUUUUUGACCUCUUCUAAAGACUUUGGAUGAGUCAAUCAAACGCCUUCCCUUUCUUUUUGGGUUUUGUACCUCUGAACUUAAAAAAUACAUCCUGUAGUUGAAAUCUUCAUCACCAGUAGAAUCUGUACAUCAUAAACUAGCAGCUCAACCAAAUUCUACCCUUCUUUUGGGGAAUAUGUACCGUUAAAAGUAAUAAACCCCAUCUUUCAGGAAUCCACCUUAAUUUCUCAUCAAAGUAUGUGUCACAUUUUGCUCCAAUAAAAAUAUUUGUAUCUGAGAGUAGGGCAAUAGCUCAUCCAGUCAAUAUAUAAUGAGCACCCAUUUACCAACUAAAGUUCCACAAAUUCUAUGAUAUAAUAUUUGGUUUUCCCAGAGGUUUUGGCUCAGUCAACCAAGCUUCUAUGCUCCCUUCUUAAAAUCUGUACUACUGAAAGUAAUAAACCCAUCUUUAAGGAGACUAUCUUACUUUUGCACUCAGGAAUGUUCCCUCAAACUAUUGCCCCCAGAGAAAUCUGUAGAUCAGAGGGUCAGUAACUAUGAGCUUUGAUUUACCAUCCGAAGUUUCAGAAAUUCCACGUUAGUUUGUUUUGAGACCUAUUCAAGAUAUUCCUGUUAGGGUGAAAACUUCGACCCUUUCUUCUUGGUCUUUGUAUCACUGAAGUAAAAGAAAAUCCUUUUAGUUGACGAACCAACCUGCUCAUUAAGGUGCCAGUCAAACAAAUAUUCCUUUUCAGCAUAUCAGGAAUGACCUCACAAGCAAGAUAUUUCCUUCACUUUCCUGCAGCUUCUCCUUGAAAUGGAAGGUUUGACCCCUUCCUUAUCAAAAUACAUUUAAUGUAACUCUUAUUUCCGUCAGUGAAAGUGAAAAGUUGCCAUAUUGCUCAGUUAAGAGAAGGUGCAACUUUGCACUUCCUGACGCACACUUUGAUAGCACUUGCAGAUUGAAAUGCCUUUAAUGAGCCCUACGUGGCACAUCUACGCCCACAGUCCUUCUAAAAUAAAUAAGUGCCGCAUGAGCUAUGCAAUGUAUAGUAUUUACCCAUAUAUCAGACAAGAUGAACUUAAGCUCUAGUGACAAACUAUCACCAAUACUUGAAGUAAGUGUGGCAGGCAGUGGUGUGUUGGGCUUCAGGUGGGAGGCUCUGAUGAAAAAACAUUCCUUCUCUUUUAAGAAGGAAACACUAUUUAUUUUUCUUUGAUUUAUAGUUAAAGAAGCAACAACAACAACAACAAAAGCAGGGCAACAGUUUGACUUAUUCAGUAUCCUCAAACCUAAAAAUGCACACACCAAAUCUCUGUGUAUUUGUUUGUUUGGAAACUCCUUCAACAUGACCGGGAGUUGAGCAACCAAACUUUGUACACUGAUAUAGCUUAGAUGCCUGAAGGCCCAUAUAUGUAUAUAUAUUAUGUUGCCUAGCAACUACCUAUCAACAUGUGAAAAUGCCCAAUUUUUAGAAUAUAUGCACAAAUAAAUGCUUUUAAAAGCAUUGCAUAUUUUUAUUUCUCAACAUUAACAUAAUUUGUAGCCACAAAACUUCAACAUUUUAAUGACUCUAUCACGCUGCCUGGCAACCACCUACCUAAAAUGACAUUUACAUAGCAGCGAAGGACCUGAGUGUUACAGAGUACCCACAAAAAUAGGCUAAUUACUGUACGUUAAUACAUUUUCUCAGAGUGAUGAAGUGUAUCACUUUGCCAACAGCAAGAACAGACCAAACAAUAGCAUGGGCACUAGUCAGCUGUUGCUGACUGCUUUGUGGUGUGUGUAUCUAGUAAAAACCAAUGUUUGGAAUUUUAUUUAAAUAAAUGUAUUUACUCUUGCAAUUUUUUGAGAUUUGGUUGGCUAAAUAUUGAAUAUGUUGCACAGUAAAAUUGAACCAACACAGCAGCUUAAGCUAAUAUAUCUUCAAGUCCAAAGGUUCUUACGAUGGAGAAAACUGUCCAAGGACCCCCUGGUACUCCUUCCACCAAUAUAACUUUUUAGAGUUUGGUGUCAAUUGAUGUAUUGGUGUUGGUUCAAAAAUAAUAUUGGAAGGGAGUAAUCUUGCUGUAUUGACAUAAAAGGUCCACUUCUGCAUAUAUGCACGUUUUACUGAUACAGCACACUGUUUACUUUGCAUGUAAAAUAUGAAUCAGUGGUUCCAAACAGCACCAACAUUCGUUCUACAACUGCACAUAUAAUGUACAAGUUUGUUUCAAUGUCAUCCGUACAUUGCUAUACCAGCUCAAUCCAAUAAUCUAUUGGAGUUUUUUCUUCUCUUUCAUCUAAAAAGGUUUUACUGCCAUUAGAAAAAUAAUCAUCUGAAAUGUAAAAAGAGGCUAACUGGGGCUAACUUUGACCCAAAUGCGAUGCACGAAUAGUGAUUUUUAAAUAAAUGCAUCCCAGCGGAAUUCCCAUCGCGGCCUGUUUGGCACCAUAACACACUUUGAGACACACUUUCAGGCCUCAGUCACUUUGAUAUUUUCAGGUUAAACGCUUCAGCGACCUGUUAUUUCACAACCUCGUUACACAUUUUUCUCUUAUUCGCUGGGUAAAGAGAAAUACCUGAGACUUGAUACUGCUCAUUAUCUCGUGUUUUCUCCAGCCUCCUGCCCGAUGCCCAACCCUAGGCUCACCUGCCACUGUAAUCUUUUGCUUAUUCUUCAAAGCGAAUGGUUCUUAGAGUAUUUGCACUGAGGAGUUGCGUGACUAGUCAUAAAAAAAUGAAUAGAAACUGCCAUUGAAAAAAUAAAAGUUAUUUUUAUAGAAGCAAAAUUGAAUUCUGUUCAAAUGUAUUAUACCUAAUCAUGGAACCAAAGAGGCCAAGAGGUUUAGCUAUUGAAAGAUGGCAAUGUUGUCAUGUUUUGUUUGUAAAUGAUGUUGUGACAGUUAAGAGGCCUAAACACUGUAUCAGGGUAUAGUAUCAGUCCAUAAUCUGCUUAAUCCUUUUUCUAUUUUGUACCUAGACAUGGAAUAUUUCAUAUUUUUUCAUGAGAUGACUUAAAUAUUCCUAGUUUCCUCGUUUUGUUAGCAUCCUUCCAUUUAGAGUAAAGCCCACACCAUCCAGUCUCUGUACAGUCGAUGUAACAUAUGAAUAUGCUUUUGAAAUAUUUUGUUCUUUGUUAUUGUUGAAAAAUAAAGUUCUUAUUACAGAUUG